UGGUUGCCGCGCGCGAAAGGCAGACGCCUCCUUCCAGAAGAAACGCAGCCGUUGCCCUCUCUCUCUCGCUCUCUCACUCUUCCCCCGAUGAGUGGAGGGGAGAGGGAUUGGUGCUUCUCCGAGAGACAGUAACGAUCGAUCAGGCUUUCCUACUGUUUCUUUAUCUAUUUCAGAACUAGGGCUUUUGCUAUCAUGUUCAGGAGAAGGGUUACCAUUCUUAUCCUCAGAUCGAUAUCUACUGUCUCUCGUUCAUCUCAUUCUUCUCUCACUCAAUCCUCCGCUCUUCGUGAUGCCAACCCUCUCAAUGUCGCGAACUCUGAUCAUUCAGACCCAUCUGCGCGCUUCCUACCUUUCGCGGGACUUCGACCUUUUGUGAGAUUCGUCGGCACAGCUGCUGCUGCAGUCGGAGAGCCAUUUCAAAUAAAUCCCACGAAUUUUAAUGAAUAUCCUGAUCGUUUCCAGCCGACCAACUAUGGGUUUGGGAGUCAAAUGAGUGGCACGGUCCCCGGACCGGAGCUGGUGCCAACCAUCGAAGAUCAGCCGGCUGAGGGCGAUGGAUACAAGGGAACUAUUGACGAGAUGGAAGCUUUUUGCAAAGAAGGCAAGAUGAAGGAGGCUGUGGAGGUCCUCUCCCUGUUAGAGAAGCAGGGUACGCCGGUGGAUUUGCAGAGCUGCUUGCGGCUUCUGAAGGCGUGCGGCGAUGAGAAGUUCUUGGAGGGAGCCAAAGCUGUUCACGACCACAUGGUGAGGUCCUGGCCGAGCAUUGAAGUGAAAGUGUACAAUAGGAUUAUAGAUGCGUAUUCUAAGUGCGGGUCAAUGGAUGAUGCUUACCAAGUAUUCGAGAAAAUGCCAGAGAGGAACUUGACCACGUGGGAUAAGAUGAUAACUGGUCUUGCACAGAAUGGGUUGGGAGAGGAUGCCAUUGAUUUGUUUAAUCAGUUUAAGAAGAUGGGAUUGAAGCCCGACGGAUUUAUGUUCAUUGGGGUCUUUGCUGCUUGCGCUUCGUUGUUCGCAGUGGAUGAGGGGAUGCUGCACUUCGAGUCCUUGGGCAACGAGUAUGGGAUUGUUCCCAGUAUGGAGCAUUACGUGGCUAUUGUAGAUAUGCUUGGGAAAGCUGGGCAUAUUGAGGAAGCCCUUGAGUUUAUUGAGAACAUGCCAGUGGAGCCAACUGUUCAUGUUUGGGAGGCAUUGAUGAAUCUUUGUCGAGUUCAUGGCUAUACAGAACUGGGAGAUCGCUGUGCUGAGCUUGUGGGACAGUUAGACCCGUCCAGGUUGACUGAACAGUCUAAGUCUGGUCUUGUGCCUGUGAAGGCUUCAGACUUAAAGAAAGAGAAAGAGGCUAAAAGAAAAGCCAGCCAAAAUUUGUUAGAGAGCAGGACUAGGGUUCACGAAUAUAGGGCUGGGGAUACAUCCCACCCUGAAAAGGACAGAAUUUACGCACAGUUAAGAGCCUUGAGUGGUCCGAUGAAGGAGUCAGGAUACUUGCCUGAUACGAGAUUUGUACUGCAUGAUAUAGAUCAAGAGGCAAAGGAGGAAGCAUUGCUUUAUCACAGCGAGAGGCUGGCCCUCGCUUAUGGGCUCCUUAGUAGCCCUGCUUGUUCACCUAUCCGAAUAAUUAAGAACCUCCGCAUAUGUGGUGAUUGCCACAGCGCUUUAAAGAUCGCAUCAAAGAUUGUUGGCCGUGAACUUAUUGUCAGAGAUGCUAAGAGAUUUCACCAUUUCAAGGAUGGGGUGUGUUCUUGCAGGGACUACUGGUAAAAUACGGUGGUUGGUUGCAAGCUUUACUAUUUAUCAGACAUCUUCUCUGGGCCUCGAAGAUAUUUAUUCAAUUCCUUCAUCUUGAUAGAGAUCGGCGAUUUUUUAUUUCUAAGCUUGGGAUGUGCCUUUUGAAGAAAUGUUUACUUAAAAAUGAUAUCAUCAGCAGGACAAGAAAAAGCUUCUGGUGUAAUUGAAGUGUUACUUGAACCUGAGGCUCUCAAAAGAAAAGUAUGGAGAAAGCAUAUAAUCAUCAGCUACUGUCAAACAGAAAACAGCUUUCCUAGUUUCCUAGUAUUUCUCUUUAAUGUACUUUUUGUGGCAAGCUAGGAGAUUGACUUGACAAGAUGUCAUAGUUGGGGAACUGGUUUGUUACACAAUUGCAGUGUCCAUGCUCCAUGAUAUGUUUCGCAAACUACCUAUCUAGACAAUAGCAUGCUCAUGUAAUCUAGCAAUUGCUAGAACAAUUAACUGCCUAUAAAUUAGGACAGACUCUUUUACUC